AUGAUCGGCAAAUUUAAAAGUUUGGCUAUUUUAGCCUCUGUUGCUUUGCUUUCAACCUUUGUUAACGCCCAACAAUGUGGAAGUCAGAAUCCAAAUGGAGAAUGCAGUAAUAGUUGCUGUUCACAAUAUGGUUAUUGUGGUACCACUAGCGAUUAUUGUGGAACUGGUUGUCAAUCUAGUUACGGUCAAUGUGAUUCACCAUCUGGUGGUGGCUCUUCACUCCCUGUAAGCUCCAACGGCCAAUGUGGUUCUGCACAAGGAACUCAAUGUCCUUCUGGUCAAUGCUGUUCUCAAUAUAAUUAUUGUGGAACUACUUCAGAUUAUUGCGGUACUGGAUGUCAAAGUGGUUUCGGAACAUGCACUUCCGGUGGUAAUAUCCCCGGUAAUCCCGGUAACCCCGUUACAGCCACUGUUUACAAUAAGUGUACAGCAUCUAAUAGCUUUUCUUUGACAUUUGACGAUGGGCCAGUUAGCAUUACAAACGAUCUUCUCGAUACUCUCGCAAACAAGAAUCAAAAAGCAACAUUCUUUGUUAACGGAAAUAGCAACGGUUGUAUUUACGAUCACGCCGACGUAAUUCAACGUAUUGUCAACGAAGGGCAUCAACUUGCUCAUCACACCUGGUCUCAUCCAUCUCUACCAGAACUCUCAGACGACGUCAUCAUAUCUCAAAUAACUUUACUCGAAACGGCACUCCGCAAGAUUGUAGGUCGUGUACCAAAAUACUUCCGUCCGCCAUACGGUGCUUAUGAUGAUCGCGUUCUCGGUAUUCUCGGAAAUCUCGGAUACCAAUAUAUCAUCACUUGGGAUAUUGAUAGCGGCGAUACUGGCGGUUUGUCAGCUGACCAAUCGGAACAAGUGUAUCGCGAUGCUAUUGCGAAUUCACCAUCGCCAAAUCCACAUACCGCUUUAAAUCAUGACACAAAACCAGACACUGUUUAUACUGUCGCGCCAUUUGCUAUUGAUUAUGUUACGCAAUCUGGCUACAGCUUGCAAACUGUUGGUGAAUGUCUAGGAAAUGGCAAUGAUUGGUAUAAGGAAACCGUCUCCCCAUCGGCAAGAGACAGUACUUGGACCUGCACAUAG